UGCACCGGAAGCCAAACAAGGAUUCGGCGUUUUAGUGAUCUUACGUGUCAUUUCCAGAGUGUCAGUGAUUCAGACCUGCUGUAGACUAUUAAUGAAAAAAACCCAGGGCAUCAGCAUCUGGCUCUUGAUGAACUUGGGUAACUGUUGGUAACGGCAGAAAAAUGAAGGCUUUGAUCCUGGUGGGGGGGUACGGGACCCGACUGCGACCGCUCACCCUGAGCGUCCCAAAACCCCUCGUGGAGUUCUGCAACAAACCCAUCCUGCUGCACCAGGUGGAGGCACUGGUGAAAGCUGGGGUGGACCAUGUGGUUCUGGCAGUGAGCUACAUGUCAGAGCUGCUGGAGAGAGAGAUGAGAGUGCAGGAGCAGAGACUCGGGAUUCGUAUCUCUCUGUCUCAUGAGAAGGAGCCUCUGGGAACAGCGGGUCCCCUGGCGUUGGCUCGAGACUUGCUGAAUGAUGACAGUGAGCCGUUCUUCGUUCUCAACUCAGACGUCAUCUGUGAUUUUCCGUUCAAAGAUCUGCUGCAGUUCCACCGCAACCACGGAAAGGAGGGAACCAUUGUGGUAACACGGGUGGAAGAGCCCUCUAAGUACGGUGUGGUGGUGUAUGAGGCGGACAGCGGGAGGAUCCAUCGCUUUGUGGAGAAACCACAGGUCUUUGUCUCCAACAAAAUUAAUGCCGGCAUGUACAUCUUCAAUCCCAGCAUGCUCAGCAGGAUCCAGCUGAGACCAACAUCCAUUGAAAAAGAAAUAUUUCCUGUCAUGGCAGGGGAGGGACAGCUGUAUGCCAUGGAGCUGCAAGGUUUCUGGAUGGACAUCGGCCAGCCUAAAGACUUCCUGACAGGGAUGUGUAUGUACCUCCAGUCAGUACGACAACACGCACCUGAGAGAUUACGCACAGGCCCCGGUUUCCUCGGCAACGUCUUGGUGGAUCCCACGGCACAAAUCGGGGAGAACUGCACCAUCGGCCCGAAUGUCACCAUCGGCGCCGGCGUUGUCGUGGAGGACGGCGUGAGGAUAAAGCGGUGCACGGUGCUGAAAGGGUCGAGGGUUCGAUCGCACUCGUGGCUGGAGAGCUGCAUCGUGGGGUGGAGCUCGUCAGUCGGCCAGUGGGUGCGUAUGGAGAAUGUGACGGUGCUGGGGGAGGACGUGAUCGUCAAUGACGAGCUUUACCUGAACGGUGCCAACGUCCUGCCUCACAAAUCCAUCAACGAGUCAGUCCCGGAGCCGCGAAUCAUCAUGUAGCGUCAGGUGGAGGAAAAAUCCCAGCGCCUUUUAUAUGAAGACUAUGAGGAAGACCCAAACUGUGCCAGAGAAGAGGGAGGGACAUUCAGGCAGUUGAAUGGAAGCAGGAGGAGGAAGAACAAAAGGCUUCUUUGUCUUUCUUUUUAUACAUUAAUUUGGACUUGUUUUAGCCCUGCUUGGCUGCAUUUGUCAGAAAAGGUGACGUGUGUCAAGGAAGGUUUCUUAAAGUACUGACAGGUCAAACUCUCAUGUUGGCAAAUAUGAGAAAAGUCGAGAGGGGGCUUCUUGGUGGAGUAAAGAUCAGUAUACCGAGAGGGAAGGGGGAAGUGGGUGUGUGAAUAUAUGAACACUGUUGGUUAGUUUUACUAUGCAUUUACACUUCCUGAAAAGAACAAUCAAACCACAGCUACAGGUUGAUGUCAUGACUGAUGCUCAGAAUCUGAUCUGACUUAUUGUGAAACAUAAUGCAGUAUUGGUCACAGUUAAAGGUCCAGUGUGUAGGAUUUCUGAUGCUCCAUUAACAUAAAUGUAAUCCAGGAUUUAUAACUAGUGUUUCUACUGAAGACCAAAAAGGACAAACAGCACUGGCUAUAAGUAAAUGGAACUGAAGGUGCUCUUACAUUGUUGUAAACAAUAGACUGUAUAUCAAAGAUGGACAAUGCCACCACUGUUUGCUUGUGGAGGCUGCCACGUUUUUGUUUUUGUUUUUGUUUUGUUUUUUGGAAGUAGAAUAUUUACUUACACAAAAGUGUGAAGUUGUGAGCUGGGUCCAGCAGAGGUGAAGACUAGGAAAGAGAUGAGACCAGUGUCAGCACACUGUUUAAUCCAUGCCACACCCCAAUUUUAAGCCUUGGCAAAAUCUUAAUGGUUGAAUUAUAUUUAAAUAUAUAAAAAUCACUGUCCAUACAGUUGUUACCAACCUAUAAAUGUGUUUAUUUCUGCUGCUUGUUGGAAACAAAGGGCGAUUCAGUAUCUUGCAAUCUACAACUUCACCACUAGAUGUCACUAAUUCCUACACAUUGGUCCUUUAAAGCCAUAGCAGUUUAUUAUUGAGGGCAGCAGAGCAAGCUGUAAGCAACUUCAUGGAAAUGUGAAUGUUUUGAGUUGGAAGUCAUGUUUGCAUCCACCUGAAUGUAAUUGACAUCAAAUAACACUCAAUAAUUUGAUUUGUUUUUAUACGUAAAUACCAAUGACUGCAGCUUUAAUCAUGGGAAAUGUUGGUUAUGUCUCGUGUUCUUGAUGAGCUUUCCAGGUUUCUCUGUUCUUUGAAACGGUUUGUUUCAGUGUCAGACGAGUUAAUGAUCAUCAAUAUGUGCUCCAAUACUGUAGUGGGCGAGCUGACAACUUUAUAAUGUGGACAACUUUAGUCUUUAAGAUUAAUUGUACAUUAUAAAUAAAUAUACAGCGCUGUCUAAAA